GAUAUUCCAGCGGCCAUUUUUUUUGUUUACGAGACGCUAUCUCGACCCAUGUCUGUAGCGUCUUCUCAGUUCUCAUCCUUCAACUCCGUUCUCGUUCCUAUUUUUAGACGCGUACGUUUUUACUUAAAUAAUUGUUUUGUAUUGUUAUAUAGUGUCGUUUAAACGUUUAGCAAAUAUUUAGGCGUGUUAGUAUUAAUAUUUUUUUGUAAGCGGACGUAUCGCACUCAUCAGGAAUGGCCGACAACCAGCAACAAAACGGCUCGCAACAGUUUGAAAACGCCGCGGACGCGCAGCAGCAACAGCAGCACCUGAACGGCACCGCCGACAAUUCCACAACAAACAAUGAUUCCGGACAAUUUGAAUGCGUCCGGGACGACGACAGAAAAAUAUUUGUCGGAGGGCUCAAAGGAGAAACUACUGAAAAAGAUUUAAGUGAACACUUUGGUCAGUUUGGUGAAAUCGAAAAUAUUAAUGUCAAAGUAGAUGCUGCCACUGGUCGGGCGAGAGGGUUUGCUUUCAUUGUAUACAAGACAAUGGAAGGCCUAGACAAUGCUUUGGCGUGUACUAAUCAUGUUAUCAAUGACAAGAAAAUUGACCCCAAAAAAGCUAAAGCACGACAUGUUAAAUUAUUUGUUGGAGGAUUGUCUCCUGAUUUAACUGAUGAUGACAUCAAAGAUUAUUUCAAACGUUAUGCACCGCUGGUGAACGCUGAGAUGCCAUAUGAUAAAGUUAAAAACCAAAGAAAAGGUUUUUGCUUUGUUACAUUUGAUUGCAUGCAGGCAGUAACGGAAAUAUUAAAAACGCCAAAACAUGUGAUUAAUGGAAAACAAGUUGAUGUAAAAAAAGCAGCAUUAAAAGUAGAGCCUUAUGGAAUGAUGCCUGGUGCUUCAGGACCUAUGAGGGGAAUGCGAGGGAAUGUUAGGGGUCGAGGAGGUAGAGGAGGUUUUCUACCUCAGUCUGGAUACGCCCCCGGUGCUCCUGGUUACGGCUAUGGAGGAUAUGAUUAUUAUAAUCAAUACACAGGAUACAGUCCUGACUACAGUUAUAGUUAUGGUUAUCCAAGUUAUGGUGCUGGUGCUGGAGCAGAUUACCAGUAUGGAGGCUAUGAACCACCUGCACCACGUGGUGUCCAUGGAAAUCGUGGAGGAAAAGAUUUUCCUCAAAGGAAACCUGUCAAGACGUCAGCUUAAACACCUAUCGCUGAGCCAUUUACACAGUCAUCGUAUGCCAUACUGUUUUGCGUGAGCAGUAUUGUUGAUUUCGUUUUGCUUAUGUACAAUAAUAUAUAAAUAAAAAGUUAAAUAAAAAAAAAAAAAUUAUAAAAAUUGGAUCCUUUGGCUAAAGUGUAUAAAUACUUGGGCUUAACGUCUAUCAGGGUCUAACAUAUAAUGAUGUGUAUGUAUUGUAUGUACAUAAUAGAAUGCCUACAACUUGAUGUAUAUCUCAAUUUUUUUUUUUUGUGUAAUUUUUUUUAUUUAUUUAUAUUUUGUACUUUUUUUUUUAAUACAAAAUAAGUCCAUAGACAUAUAUUUUCAAUAGGGUGUGCACAUGUUUUUCUUUCCUUAAACUUUUUGUGGACAGUUUAUAUUUUAUUACUGUGCAUUUGAAGAAGGUUGAAUUAACAUUAGAUUAUAAUAAUGUUUAAAUUUUUGGCAGGAUUAUUACACUACUAAUAUAUUUAAAAAAAAUAAUAAUAAAUAAAAACAUAAAUACAAUUGUGUAAUUUUUAAAUUUAAUUAUAUCAUGGAUUUAACUUAUGAAAGUUUUGCGAUCAUUAGACUUUACAAUAAACAAACCUUAUACGCUAAAA